AUCCACCGACUGAUCCACCAUAUUUCCAAAAAGUCGGAAUAAGUAGUCUGAUAGCCACCACUAGCCACUGCCAGCAAACUUGAUGUUAAGGCUAGUGUCGGAGCUGUUUUCAAUUCAGAAUUCUUUGACUCUUACCAUAUAUUAUUUCUUAAAAUGUGGGCAGAUACCGUUUUAAUCGUAUUUAUUAGUAUCUGCACUGCUCUUCUUGGAGAAGGAUUGACCUGGCUUAUGGUAUACAGAACAGAAAAAUACCAGAAACUCAAAGCAGAGGUGGAAAAACAAAGCAAAAAACUUGAGAAGAGAAAAGAGGCACACGGUGACUCGUUGGAUAAACAGCAGAAAAAAAAAAUAGAACGUGAAGAGGAGAGGCUCAAGAAUAACAAUCGGGAUCUUUCACUAGUCAAAAUGAAGUCAAUGUUUGCCAUUGGAUUCGCAUUCACUGCUCUCCUAAGUAUGUUCAACAGCAUUUUCGACGGCAGGGUUGUUGCCAGACUUCCAUUCACUCCGAUAAGCUGGAUACAAGGACUUUCGCAUAGAAAUCUACCCGGUGACGACUACAUGGAGUGCUCGUUUAUAUUUUUAUAUAUUCUAUGCACAAUGAGCAUUAGACAAAACAUACAGAAGAUACUUGGCUUUGCUCCCUCCAGAACGGCAAGCAAACAGAGCGGUAGCAUCUUUGGCCCGCCACCUCAACAAUUCAAGUGAUUUAUUGAGUGACAAGAAAAACAUUUCUUUCCAUCAACUUGAUCAAAGUGUUGAAUGUCCUCUAUGCCAAAUCACUACCUUUUUCAUUAAAAUUCGAAAUAUUUAUUAUGAAUAAUUCAAACAAUAUCGUUUUUUCUCAAGAAAGUAUCUUUAAUAUCGUAAUUCUCUCAAACGGAGAGCCCACAUUAUGGACACUGAAUCGUACUUCAUACAAAAAUAUAACGUCACUCUCUUUUAUCGCA